AUGCCUGUCUCUGGCUCUCUGAGUAACGUCGAUUGGGAGCCGGAUUUCGCCACGCUCGCCGUCCACGGUGGCCAAGAGCCGGAUCCCGUCAACGGUUCAAGAGCGGUCCCUCUGUAUCAGACAGCCGCCUACAACUUUUCCGAUGCUGCCGAUGGCGCCAGCAAGUUUGCAUGGAGCAAAGAUGGGUACGUCUACACGCGCAUGGGCAACCCGACCAACAGCGUCUUCGAGUCACGCAUGGCGAUGCUCGAGGGCGGCGUCGGUGCCGUGGCCGCCGCCUCGGGCCACGCCGCGCAGUUCAUGGCCCUCACGAAUUGCUGUGAGCCAGGCCAGAACUUUGUGAGCACCAGCUGGCUGUACGGCGGCACCUACAACCAGUUCCGAGUAUACAUGAAGAAGUUCCAUAUCGACGUCAAGUGGGUUGUGGGCAACGAGCCUGCUGACAUUGACGCGGCCAUCGACGAGAACACGCGGUGCGUCUACAUCGAGACUAUCAGCAACCCGAAGCACAGCGUGCCCGAUAUCAAGGCGAUUGCGGACGUCGCACACAAGCAUGGCAUCCCGCUCAUCGUCGACAACACGUUCGGCAUGGGCGGCUACCUGUGCCAGCCCAUCAGGCAGGGCGCUGACAUUGUCACGCACUCCUGCACCAAGUGGAUCGGCGGCCACGGCACGUCCAUGGGAGGCAUCGUCAUUGACGGCGGCCACUUUGACUGGAGCGCCUCGGGUAAGUUCCCAGGAUUUACGGAGCCGGCGGACGGAUACCACGGGCUGAAGUUCUGGGACACAUAUGGAUACAAGGCUCUCUCAGCCAAGGUUCGCAUGGACAGCAUGCGCGACUUGGGACCCUGCAUGAGUCCCUUCAACGCGUGGCUCUUCCUGCAAGGACUCGAGACUCUCGCCCUUCGAGGACAACGGCACGCAGAGAACACACAAAAGCUGGCCGAGUGGCUUGAGGCGCAUCCCAGCGUCAACUGGGUGCUCUACCCCGGCCUCAAGUCGCAUCCCGAUUACGAGUACACCAAGAAGGUCUUCACCAACGGUGCAGGCGGUGUCUUGACCUUUGGCGUCGCCGGCAACAUCGACCAAGUGCGCGCCGUCGUCGAUAACCUCAAGCUGUGCUCGCACCUCGCCAACGUUGGCGACGCCAAAACGCUCAUCAUUCACCCGUGGGUGACGACGCACCAGCAGCUGCCCGACGAGGAAAAGAUCAAGGGCGGCGUGACGCCGGACCUCAUCCGCGUGUCGGUCGGCAUCGAGGGCUUCGAGGACAUCAAGAAGGACUUUGAGCAGGCUUUCGCGGCGGCCGGGCUGCCGGCGGCGGUGAAGACGGGCGGGGACCCGUUCGCGGCGGCGCUGAACCUCGUGUCGGGCGGGUUCAUGGGGAAGAGCUCAACGGGGGCGCCGAGGCCCGGGACGGAUGGUACGGUGCAGGUUAGCGCUUGA